CUCUCCCCACAGCUCCCAUCCCUGGUUCCACCGGCCCCGACCUCGACCUCGACCACACUCUUCUGCUUCCCCAGGUCUUCCAAUCCACCAGCCUCUCCGCCGCGAAACCCUAGCCCCCCUGAGCCACCCCCCGUCGAGGCCGCUGGCGGAUGGCGAAGGCGUGACCGGCGCGGACAGCACCCCGUUCCCGCCCUCAGCCCCGCAUCUGAUGUUCCUCUCCCGCAUCGUCCUGCGCGACCUGGACUCCAUCGACUCCCCCGCCUCCAUGGCGACCUCCAAGAAGGUGGUGACGCGCGACGAGUGGGAGCGCAAGCUCCGCGACGUCAAGAUCCGCAAGGAGGACAUGAACCGCCUCGUCAUGAACUUCCUCGUCACCGAGGGCUUCGUCGACGCCGCCGACAAGUUCCGCGUCGAGUCCGGCACCCAACCGGACAUCGACCUGGCCACCAUCACGGAUCGGAUGGAGGUGAAAAAGGCGGUUCAGUCAGGGAAUGUCCAGGAGGCAAUCGAGAAGAUCAACGAUCUUAACCCCACGAUUCUGGAUACAAAUCCCGAAUUAUACUUCCAUCUCCAGCAGCAAAAAUUAAUAGAGUUGAUUCGUGCGGGGAAGAUAAAUGAAGCUUUGGAGUUUGCUCAAGAAGAACUUGCACCAAGAGGCGAAGAAAAUCAAACCUUUCUGGAGGAAAUAGAGAAAACUGUAGCACUGUUGGUUUUUGAAGAUGUAAAAAAUUGCCCAUAUGGUGAACUGUUGGACGUUUCUCAACGCUUAAAGACGGCAAGUGAAGUUAACGCUGCCAUUCUCACAAGCCAAAGUCACGAGAAAGAUCCAAAGCUCCCCAGUCUGUUGAAGAUGUUGAUUUGGACUCAAAACCAGCUGAACGAAAAGGCGGCAUAUCCUCGAAUCAACAACUUAUCCACCGCCGCACUGGAAGAUCCAGCAAUAUGAGCUGCUGUCCAAAGUGUUGGAGUGUUGACUAUGGAGCUUAGGCACCAGCAGCAGCCAUGUCUGCAUGUACACUAUCUGUCGUAGGUCUGUUGUUCGUUUCAUCAAUGUUCUAGCUUAAUGCAAAAAAAAAAAAACCAGAUAGAUAAUCCUGCUCUCUCCUGUCGUAUAGGUUGUUCUUGUCAUUUUUUUUUGAAAACAGAGAUAAAUGUUGCAUUUGAUUGUUGUUUACAAACUAUGUGUUGUUGAAUUAUUGGCGAUAAUGUGUUGCACACCA